AUGCUGUCAGGUGCUAGAAAAGGGCCGGCAUUUAAGCCGCAGCUGCGCGUGUGCUAUUUGUGCGGACAACAGUUUGGCACGGCCUCCAUCGGCAUCCACAUCCCGCAGUGCUAUGCGAAGAAGGUCGCGCAGUGGGAAAUCGCCGACCCUGCCACUCGUGGGAAACGACCCAAGCACCCCGACACGGUGAACUGGAAGGGCGAGGGCAUGGACACGAAUAAGCUUAACGACGAGCAGUUUCAGGAGUUCACCGCCAACUUGGUGCCUUGUCGGAACUGCGGGCGAAGGUUUCUCCCCGAUCGUCUUGAGGUUCACUUGCGUAGCUGCAAGGGCAACAGCAGGCCAGCUUCGACGGCAAGAGGCGCUGGAGGAGGUGGAGGUAGUAGUGGCUGCAAUGGAGCCUUCGCUGGGGCGACAACGCCCACGCAGCGGGUUGCACAAUCGGCACACAGUUUGCAUUCUUCUAAGAAAAGCAAUGAGCCGCCUGCUUUACGGGCACCGGGGCAGAAUCCGCAGUUGCCUGUUUGCUAUCUAUGCGGCCAGCAGGUUGAAAACAACUCUAUGGCAAUCCAUGUAUCUCAAUGCUAUGCAAAAAAACUGGCCCAAUGGGAGGUUGCCGACGUAAAUACGCGAGGCAAGCCACCAAGGCACCCGGACACAGUUAAUUGGAAGGCUGAGGGGGCUCAGAUAGACGCGCAUAAUGACGCCCAAAUUGCCGAAUUUGUGGAGGCUUUGGCGCCAUGCCCUAACUGUGGAAGAAAAUUUCUCGCCGACCGUCUUGUCGUUCACCUCCGCUCAUGCACGCCCGGCUCGAGAGGCAAAGCACCACCGCGGUCAACAACGACGCCACCGUCGAUGUGCAACUCGGAUUCGCGUGCAUCCCUAGUUUCGGCUAGUGCAGAUGGUUUGGGAGGUCGUGUGACAGAUGGGAGAAAUGAGGAACCGAAUGCAACAAGGGGCCGGCCCCGCAAUGAGGGGUUUUCUACAAGAGAUGUGGAAAAAAUCAAUCCCAAGGUGAACCGACUACAAAAAAGUGGGAACAUGGAUCCAACGGGGCGCACGUGCCCCCGUUGCGGCGUUGUAGAGUAUGACAUUUCGGCAAAGUUUUGCAGAGAAUGCGGGGCUGGUUUGACCUCCAAAAAACUUCCUGGUCCCUGUGCCAACUGUGGGGAACAGAUUCCAGAAGGCUCCAGGUUCUGUGGCGCCUGUGGUGUAUCCAUCAAUGCCGCGGCGGCGGGUGAGCACAAGGCCGGAGCCGAGAAUUUAAUCUCCCCCGCCGCUCGGACUCUAAUAUGCCCAACGUGCAAAACGGUUUGUGGUGCCGAUGGUGGCACCUGCAAGAAUACUGGUGCGUCCCGUGGGGAUGCAGAGUCCUCGCCUGGUGCGCCGGCGACGAAGGAAGUGAUGUUCUGUAAAAAAUGCGCUGAGUCUGUUGACGACCCAACGGCAAGGUUCUGCGAGGAAUGUGGCGAAGUUUUGGAAAAAAUUACGGUGAAUGCCGUGGACAACACACCGCAUGAGCAGCCGUCCACGUUACCGCCUGAGGGUGUCAAGCCUCAGCCCUCCUCCAAGGAAUCCAAUGCGCUGCCAAACCUCACUGCGACACGAGGGGCAGCGGCGGAGGGAAUUCUCUCACCGUCAAAGCUGCGGGGGGCGAAAAAUGGAAAACAAGGGAUUUUUGCCAGCGAUACUCCAGAGGUGCUAAGGAGGCCACGAGGUGUGAAGGGGGACGAGCCACGCUCACUUCCAGUGCUGUCCAAAAAUAAUUUCUCCACUAACCGGCCGGAGUUUUUGGAGGAGGAAGAAGGAGAAGCCAUAGAUGAGGGACCAAGAGAACAAUGCGACAACUGUGGCCGGUUCUUUGCUCUUGAGUCCUUAGCACGACACCAGCGUGUGUGUGGCUCGCAAAAGCAGCGGAAGGUGUUCAAUAUGCGAGCAAUGCGUCUCUCAGGCACAGGCGCGGAGCGAGUAGCGAAGUCGGGAGGCAAUUUUUCAACAGUGGCGCCGGCUCCAAAACGAGACUGGCGAGCUGAAAGUGAGGCAUUUCGACGCUCCAUGCGAGAGGCACGUCAAGUGGACAAAGUGCUCAAGGCUGGGGGCAAUGCAAGAGAUCUCCCGCCCCCAACUUAUAGUGAGAAUAGUCAUUAUACGCCCUGCCCACACUGUGGGAGGAAGUUUGCCCCGGACGUGGCGGAGCGGCAUAUUCCUCGCUGUGCCACGACAGUACAUAAGCCCAAACCGCCCCCAAGGAGACGUUAG